AUGGCGUUAUAUUACAGUAUCGUUUUUGGUCUUUUAGUCACCGAGAUGGUGUUCUUUGGUAUACUCCUGUUACCAUACCCCCGAGCAAUUAGGAGAAAAGUGCUCACCACGGUAUCGUUACCUUUCCGCAACGAGCAAUUCCAGAUUGCGUUAAAGUGUGUCUUGGGUUUCGUAGCCGUAUUGUUUAUUGAUUCUGUAAAUAGAGUCUAUGCUGUAACUAUGGAAUUACAACAUGCCGGUGGUCAUCAUGGCCAACACGGCGGUGCUGCCGUUGUCAACGACCGUGGUGAAGUUCAAGCUAGAAGAUUCUAUGCUCAAAGGAAUAUGUACCUUUGUGGGUUCACUUUGUUCCUUCAUUUGAUUUUGAUUAGAACUUAUUCGUUAGUGGCAGAAUUGAUUGCUACCAAGGAUAAGUUGGACGAUUUAAAGGCUACCAAGAAGGACAGUGGGGAAUCUGAAACUGUCAAGAAGUUGAGAAAGGAAUUGGCUGGAAAGGAAGAGGAUUUGGACAUAUUAAAGGGCCAAGCCAACAGUUUAUCUAAUGAUUAUGAAGAAUUGUCUAGUAAGGGCGAUGCUAAAAAGAGAUAG